AAUUAAACAGAUUUAUUCAUUAUGGCAGCGAAUAUGAAGCCAGCCAGUUGUUGCUAGAUAUUAUGGCAUUAAAAGAUUAAAAUAAAUUAAAGAGUGCUUCAAUGUGAAUUAGUCGACCGGGAGACAAAGUAAAAAUACUAGGCAUUUGAAGUGAUUGUAAGAAUUAAUAAAAAAAAAAAGUUAUAAUGAAACUACAAAAAUACAGUCUAUUUGGUGUGAUUCUUAUGCUACAUGCUGCGCUAGCAUCGUCUUGUGUGGUAAAAGUGCCAACCAUGAAGACCCGAGUGGCGCUUGUAACAAUGCGGAAAUUUCAAGUAGAUGAAAAUUGUACAAAAAAUUGUGGCCCAAGUCAUAAUCCACUGGUGCUGCGUACUGUUAAAGAGAGCUACACGGACACUGAGGAAGUAUGCUGUGAUGGCUAUGUGCGCGACACUAAGAAUGGCGAUUGCCAGCCGAGGUGCGCAGAUUGCAAAACAGGAAAAUGUGUGCGGCCUGAUGUUUGCCUAUGUGACGAAGGCUUCAAUAAUAUGAAGAACAGCACCAUUUGUGAGCCCGAGUGCAGUGAGCCCUGCAUUAAUGGACAAUGUAUCGCGCCAGAUUUGUGUGCCUGCCAUGAUGGCUUCAGUUUCGUCAAUGGCAGCGUGACAGACUGUGAGACUAAGUGCCUGGUGGACUGCAUCAACGGACGCUGUGAUUCGCCGCAGAAAUGCACUUGCAAUUUCGGCUAUGAACGUAAUGAAACGUUGGGUCUCUGUGUACCCAUUUGCGAGGAGCCGUGCGAGAAUGGCAUUUGCAAAGCGCCCAAUGAGUGUAGUUGCCACAACGGGUUCGAGUUGCGCUUGGGCACGCUGGGUAAGUGUGAACCGGUAUGCCAGGGCGGCUGCCCGAAUGGCUACUGCAACGCACCAAAUGUAUGCAAAUGCCAGGAGGGCUAUUACAACCUACUCGGCCUGGCCUGCGUGCCCAGUUGCAAGGAAAAGUGCGUAAAUGCGCAUUGCACGGCGCCGAAUCAGUGUACCUGUCUAGAAGGACAUAUUUACCGCAACAACUCGCGUUCGGAAUGCGAACCAACUUGUGUACGCGGCUGUCAGAAUGGCUUUUGUAACGAACCCGGCCGCUGUGAGUGCCAUCAGGGCUACAGGCAAGUUGAAGCGCAUUUGUGCCAGCCAAUUUGCAAGGACGAAUGUGUGAAUGGACAUUGUUCCGCACCGGAUACAUGCAGUUGUAACGAGGGCUACAUCUUUAAAAACGGUUCGAGCACCGAGUGCGAGCCGCAUUGUCCACGUGGUUGCAAGAAUGGUAAUUGCGUCAGCCCAGGCGUAUGCAGCUGCUUGCCGGGCUUUCAAACGUUGCUCUUUUACCUCUGUAUUCCGGUUUGUACUCAAUCCUGUGUGCAUGGCACUUGUACGGCGCCGGAUACUUGUCGCUGUUUCAGUGGUUAUCGGCCGAACGCGCUGCGCUCAAAUGAGUGCGAUCCCGUUUGCAAUUUCGACUGCGGGCAUGGACACUGCAUUGCGCCGGGUAUUUGUCAGUGCGCUGAGGGCUACUCUAAGAAAUGGCUGACGGGACGUUGCGAGCCGCACUGUACGCAAAAGUGUAUCAAUAGUGUUUGCGCGGCGGGCGGUAUAUGCCGCUGCUAUGAAGGCUUCCGGCUGCGCAAAGGCUCGAAUGCGAUCUGCGACCCCAUCUGCUUGCCGUCGUGCAUCAAUAGCAAUUGCGUAGAACCAGAUAUGUGUGAGUGUUGGAGUGGAUAUGAGGAGACGCGUCACCGCAAUCUCUGCAUCGCUCACUGCCGGCCAUCUUGUGAGAAUGGCAAGUGCGUGGCGCCAAAUAAGUGCCAGUGCGCCGAUGGUUAUCGCGUGACAAACUCUAGCGAGCCGCAUCGUUGUCAGGCCAUAUGCAAAGAUACUUGCGUCAAUGCCGAAUGCUUGCGGCCAGAUGAGUGUGUUUGUUUGGAAGGCUAUACCUUUCUCAACGGUAGCCGCACUGAGUGUGCGCCACGAUGCGAGCAGGACUGCGGUCAUGGCAGAUGUAUUGCGCCGAACGCGUGCAGUUGUGACUUGGGCUACCGGCUCAAACUCAGCGCCGACAACGAUUUGCCAGUGUGCGUGGCUUACUGCAACGAAUGGAACUGUCUGGGUGGAAAAUGUGAUGUCAAUGGGAUAUGUCAGUGCGGCGAGGGCACGGUCUACAAUGAGCGCCGUGGCGCAUGCGUGUCGAAAUUGGAUGCCAUGGAGGGGCGCUUAAAGUUGAGCGGCGUCUCUGUUUCGCGCUGGACCAUCGGUGCCGUGUCCUUAUUGCUGAUAGCUUUGUGCGCACUGGCAGCUAUACUGGUCUAUCGAGAAUAUGCGCGCAGACGUUUCCGUGAAAAACAUGGUGUGCGAUUGAUUGAAAAUCCAACAUUUGGCAUCGUAAUUCCAGGAGCAGGUGAAGAAGAUGGCCUCAAUGUACAGGAGGAAGAAGAAACUUGAGCUUUAGAGCGCAUAUUGUAAAGUAGCAUACAAAAAUUGUGAUAUUGAAAAAUUAUUCAAUCAUGAAUCGGAUGUUUUGUGAAACGUU